GGUAAGGGUGACGAAAACGUAGUAUAGAUCUGAUAGUACCUUACCUUACCUUCCACCCUCUCAAGUCUUAAGUUUUAACUUAACAUGAGAUGAGACAGAGGGUUGACGGAAAAAAAACCAAAUAGAAAGAAAAAAAAGUGCCAUCAACGCGCCUCGUAGUUCUGCUUAGACACCAGGUGAGAGCGAGGUUGUGAUUUGAAUGGAGGGAAGUGGAGGUGGCGCCGCUUCGCCGUCUGCUCCGGUGACGCAAUACCUGCACGACUUCUCGAAGCUGUUUCAAUACUAUCUCGAUAAAUCUACUCCCCAUUCUGCCUACAGAUGGAUUGGGACUCUGGUCAUCGCAUCCAUCUACGUUUUGCGCAUUUUUUAUGUGCAGGGAUUUUACAUUGUCUCUUACGGCCUCGGAAUCUACCUCCUCAAUCUCUUGAUUGGUUUUCUCUCCCCUUUGGUUGAUCCAGAGCUCGAUCCCUCCAACGCCCCUAUGCUUCCAACCAAAGGCUCUGAUGAGUUUAAACCCUUCAUUCGCCGCCUACCUGAGUUCAAGUUCUGGUAUUCUUUCACCAAGGCUCUCUGCAUAGCGUUUGUGAUGACCUUCUUUUCCCUAUUUGAUGUUCCUGUCUUUUGGCCCAUAUUACUCUGUUACUGGUUUGUUCUCUUUGUCCUUACAAUGAGGCGCCAAAUUGCUCACAUGAUUAAAUACAAAUAUAUCCCCUUCAACUUGGGGAAGCAGAAGUAUGGCAGUAAGAAAUCUUCUGCAGGUAGCAGUGGCUCUCGAGCAGACUGAAACUUUGUUCUCAUGAUUUGAAGAUCUAUUAAGUUAGCUUUUGUGAACGUUCAGGGCUUCAGGCUAGUUAAUUUCCCCCAUUUUUUAUGAAAGAAUUUGUAUUCAGGAUUUGUGGAUGCCGGUAUGCACUAUGCAGUUACAGAAAAUCUUAAAUGUCCACUCAUUAUUAUAUCAUACCUGAAGACGUGCUAAUAUUGGCAGUGAAUUUCAUUGUCGUUACACGUAUAUUGAUUGGAUUUUCUUGUAAAUCUCAGCUUGUAUUUUGAAUUUUUGAUGCUGUAAUUUCUCCAUACCUGGUGCCUUCUGGCUCAAUAUUCAGGCAAAGUGCAUCCAUCGCUUUCGCUUUC